AUGGGAAUUCCAGAUCCCCCAUCACUUCCAGCGAUUGGGAGGAAAAGUUAUUAUGAUAUUCUUCAGGUGCCGAAGGGUGCUUCAGACGAGCAGAUCAAAAGAGCAUAUCGGAAGCUCGCAUUGAAGUAUCAUCCCGAUAAGAACCAGGGGAAUGAAGAGGCUAAUAAGAAAUUCGCUGAGAUUAACAAUGCUUAUGAAGUCUUAUCGGAUAGUCAGAAGAGAAAUAUAUAUGAUAAGUAUGGUGAAGAGGGUCUUAAACAGCAUGCUGCCAGUGGUGGUGGAGGCGGGGGUAUGAACAUUCAAGACAUUUUUAGCUCGUAA